AUGCCUCGGGAUCGGUCCCGUAGUCCUAGGCAUAGAGAUCGAGACCGACGGUCUCGCUCGAGAUCCCGUGACAGGCAUCGAGAAAGAGAUCGGGAGAGAAAUUUUGAUCGACAUCACCGUCGCUCUGACCGCGGUGAUCCUAGACAAAGAGGCCAUCAUCGUCAUGACAGAGAGAAAGAUUUUGGACGUGAUAGGGGUAGGCAUCGGGAUAGGGACCGUUUUGAUGACCAUAAUGGCAGUGAUCCAAGAAAGCGCCUACCAGAGAACGUUGAAAAUGGUGCUUCCAGUCAUAGUGAGGCUGAGGGCGAUGGGCAAGGUACAAUACAAUUUGUCCGCCAUGAACGGAGGAAUCGUUAUGGACAUUCGGACGAAGAACGUGAUCCAUCUCCUCAGGUGGAGGUCAAAACAGAAGAGGAACUUGAAAUGAUAAAUUCUAUGGGUUUUUGCAAUUUUGACUCCACCAAGGGCAAGCAUGUCGAUGGAAACGAUCUUUAUGUUGCCAACAUUGUAAAAAAAAGACGAUAUCGACAGUACAUGAAUCGUCAAGGGGGAUUCAACAAGCCACUUGAUCCUGUUCCUUAA